AUUGAUUUAAACAGAAGUCAUUUACAAUUUUGGGGCAGCAUUGUUCUUAAAUGUAUAUUAAUCUAAUGAAUACGUGCUGCACAAGUCUAGCCGAACGACCGCAUGACUGCCCACUAACAUUCGACGUGGUGCCUGAUCUACAGAGCGCUGCGCUUUUAAAUUAAAAAAUAAUGCAAAAUUGUUUAGAACUUGCAACUCUUUCGCUUUUCUUAGCACUAAAUUGGAAAUUUCUACUGUACGUAUACCGUUCUUAACUGAACAUAUGGAGCGUUUAAAGAAAAGAAGAGAAGAUCUUUUACAUAAACUAGGGAACUUUAAGGAUAAAUAUUGUGAUGAAUUUUUAGAAGCACGCAAAAACUUGGACUUUUUGAAUUCGAUUUAUGAAGCUCAAGUUGAAAUUGAAGGGGUCAGUAAAACUAUACAUGAAAUUGAAAUUUUAAAAAAAGAAGCAUCCGGGCAUGUAGAUUUUUUAAAAGAACUUGAAGAGGAGAAAAUUUGCUUACAAAAGAAAAGCGAAAAACUGAAAGAGGGGCUUUACCGCUUGUUAAUUCCUCCAAUGCAAGUGGACAGCACUAAAGUAGUGAUGGAGAUUCGGGCUGCUGCUGGUGGCUCUGAAGCGGCUAUUUUCGUUGGCGACUUGUGUACUUUUUAUGAAAAUUAUUGUUCAAGAAAAAAUUUAAAUUUGAAAGUUCUAAAUUCCACUCCCUCGCUGCAUGGCGGCUAUCGAGAUUUAACGCUUCACGUUGCGGGAUACAACGCAUUUGGAUCAUUUAAGUACGAAGCAGGAGUCCAUCGGGUUCAGCGCGUCCCCACCACAGGAAGAUUAUUACUAUUGAUUAUCGUUAACAUAGGCAAGGGCGUAUGCACACUUCUACUGUUACUGUUGCGCGGUUCCAGAAAACGAAUCGAUUUAAGAAUUGACACAUUUAAAGCGUCCGGACCUGGCGGGCAGGCCGUUAACACUACUGAUAGUGCCGUUCGCAUAACGCAUCUCCCUACCGGAUUGGUAGUACAAUGCCAGGAUGAACGCUCGCAGAAUUUAAAUAAGGAAUCUGCUUUGAAAGUUCUUCGUCUGCGACUUUAUCAACAGGAGCAGGAAAGAAUUCGAAAAGAAAGAUCUCAACUUUAUAAGAGCCAAGUUGGGCAAGGCGAAAGAAACGAGAAGGUCAGAACUUAUAAUUUUCAACAUGACCGUCUCUGUGAUCACCGAGUAAACUUUUCUAUAACGCUCCGGGAUGCCCUUGAAAAUGGAAAGCUAGAAGAGAUCUACCAGAAACUGCAUGAAAAGGAAAGGCUGGAAUAUUUGUGCAGCCUUUAA